GAAUACGUGGAGAAAUCAAAAUCAUAGUCAAAGUUGAUUUUUUUAUUGAUGCAAACAAGUUUCGCCAAUCGUCCUGUGGAGUACAGUUUUUCACAAGUAACGUGCCACACCGUUUUUUAACACGAAGUUCCACGUGCUAGCUUUUGCAAUUAUAUUGCUUUGCGAGAAUUCGCUAUUCGUUCAAUGGACCAUUCCCCAAUUAGCCUGCGAACAGGCUCUCAAGCUGAAUUGAGAGCCUGCAUCGAUGACGAAUGAAUUUGAAUAUCUGCUCCGUAACGUUCGUUUUUCCAAAUAUGGAAUGCCUAUCCUUAUAUGGUGUUGUUUACAACUUUCGUGCAAACUAAAUUUAGACCGUGCAAACUAAAUUUAGACCGUACAGUUUAUACUGUUUUUCGAAAUAUAAGAUAUUCAAGCAAAAGUUCAAAUGUUUUAAAUACUGUUUUCUCAAAUCAGAUCAUUUCGUGCUUUGAGAUAAGAUGGCCAAAACCAAUUUGAUCAUUUAAUGUGUUUUUUAUGCAUAGUGCUUCGGCAGUUAACAUAUAUAGAGCUCAGCGGAAACAUAUAAAUUAUAGCAUCUGACCAAUGAGAAUUUCGCGUCACGAUUUGAGACGCAGAUAUUCAAAUUCAUUAGUCAUCGAUGCAGGCUCUCAAUUCAGCUUGAGAGCCUGUUCGCAGGCUAUUCCCCAAUUAAUCUUAACUAGCCUAAACAAAAAUUUCACCACAGCUUGAAAUAGCAUCACAAAAUUAGUAAUAUUCCAAAGUUUCGUUGCAAAAUGUUGUAAAAUGCGGAUAAUAUAGCCUUGCGAAGUUUGUAAUUUUCAGUCAUUUUGUAUUACGCAGACAGAAGUGGUAACCAUUUCCCGUUUGUAAUCUAAAAUGACUGAAAAUUGCAAACUUCGCAAGGCUAUAUUAUCCGCAUUUUACAACAUUUUGCAACGAAACUUUGGAAUAUUACUAAUUUUGUGAUGCUCUUUCAAGCUGUGAUGAAAUUUUUGUUUAGACUUCUUGAGUUCAAAAUUUUGGUUAAUUGGGGAUUGGUCCAUUAUCGUUUAAUAUUUUUUAAACAGCAAGUUCGUUAUUCUCAGUUUUUUGUUGAAAAAUAUCAUUAUUCGCAAUCUCUUUAGGGAUGUGCCUGAUCUUGGAUACCGGUGUCCGGCAAAAUACAGACAGCCGGCAUUAUCCUGUACUCCUGUAUCCAUAACAUUUUUCAUGAUGUACACUGCAGCUCUUUGCUGUAUAUUGUGCACCGACGGCCGUGCCACAGAAAUUUGUGUUUAGUGUAUAGCCUAUAAAGGGAUAUAGCACAUAGUAAAUGAACAAUGGACUAUUUUCCGAGGGAAAAUUAAUACUAUCCAAGUGCUACAAUGAGUGUCCAGUAUCAAAUGUCAAUGACCAAUCACGAGUCUUCAAUAGGACCACAUGCAUGUCCGAUAUUUUACGAUGCAAGACUGGGGAUAUUGGACAGUAGCUAAUCGUAGCUUUUUUCCUGGAUUAUUAACCGCCUCCAUUUUAUUGACCGCUUUCUGUUUUCGCAAUUUCAAACACAACAAACGAUACAGCAAAUUAAUGAAAGGGAUUUGGAAAUUCAUUAGUUUACAACAGUCGUGAGUUUAGUAAAAUAUAAUUUUCGCGUUAAAAUUGUGUCAAAUCACCUUUAAAACAUGCUUACAGUAAUGCAUGGAAUUGAGUUUAUUUUACACAUUGUUUUUAAAAACUACUGUAGGCUAUUAAUAUUUUUAAACGUAGGCUACAUAGUUGUCUUUCAGAAAAUAAAGCCUAACUUAGGCGGCAAAUUUUAAUACAAAAACUUCAAAAUAUAUAAAAAAAUAUCAAUAUAAUUUAUCAUAUUUUAUAUUUUUAUUAUACAAAUAUUAUAUUUUUAUAUUCUUUAUAUUAAGUUUUUACAUUAAAAUUUUCCGCCUAAGUUAGGCUUUAUUUUGAACAGUAGCUUUUGGCCUCAUUCCAACAAACAACAUUAAUCUUAUUAUAUUGGAUUCAUCUUUUCCCAGGAAGACAAAAUAUUAAGUCUCGAUUUCAAUAAAAGGUUCGACCUUUGGUGUCGCCCAAUAUUGAAGUCUCGACUUAAUAUUUUGCCAUAUUGGGCUCAGUAGAAUCCAAUAAUUAUAUUAUCUAGUAAAUUACAUGUACUAUCCAGAACCUUCCGGUAUCCGGCAAAGUAGGAAAAGGCACAUCCAUAACCUCUUCCCCUAAUGUAUCACAAGAUUUGCUUAUGUAACUCAAAAUUUGACAGAUAACUCAAUGGAUAGAGCGAAAAUACGUGAUCGAAUUGUCCCAACUUGCGUGCUACAAUCCGGGCCAAAAUUCAUGUGGACACUUAAUCCACUUUUGCAAUAUCCCCCACUCCCCCUCUUCAAUGUUGCAUAUCUGAAUUAUCCAUGCACACUUCUUAUUUAAUGAAAAAUCUCAUUCAACAUUGGCUUGGGGGAGCGGGGGAUAAUUAUUUUGAGAAAAAGCCCGCCAUUCGAGGCCAAUGUCUGCAUGGGUUGCCCACAACGUUUUGGCCAGGAUUGUAGCUUUUCUCCUCCGUACAAAAUCGAAUUAAACUGUACAACCUACAUUUUAUGUACAUCAUGCAUCUGGGUCUAAUAUACGGUGUAUAUUUCAAUAUUUCAGCUCCUUCAAUUCCAAGCUGCUACAAAACUGUUGCUUUUUAUGGUUUUGUUGAAGAGUUAGUUGUCAACGAUGAUCCGGAAUAUCAGGUAAUGUUCUGUGGAAAUCUUCAUGAAAUUUUUAUGUAAAUGCGCAAAUGAACAGAAAAGUGUUCACAAAACUACACUGCAAGUUUUAUGUACAACUAGAAAUUUUAUCUUGUAAUUUUUCUUGGCUAGAAAUAACUAUUCUAUCCUAUAGACUUUGAUUUGUUGCUAUAUAAUACUGUAUGAAAGAUUCCAGUCGUUUUGAAGGCAAUAUAAUUUUCUUUCUUAAGAUUAAUUAAUGUCAAGUUUAACAAAUAAAAUCUUGGUAAGGUAAAACUUUAUUUAAAAAUCACACGAUAGCCCCGUCAACUAUUAGCUGAUUUCCAGGAGGGAAAUUAUAUUUAUAAAUACAUAUACACAGUAGAGUAUUGUAGACCCCCAAAACAUAACCCUGAUAAGUCCUUUCAACUCCCAUAAACCCACAUACUCUUAUUUAUGCAAGCAGUGCUAUACUGUAUGUUACAGAUAUAUUUACACCCGGGGAAACGAAAGCAUUAGCGGAGUCUAAAGUUCAUCAAGUAUCGCGGGCGUGGGUGACCAACGGUGUUGAGUGGGUGGUCAUCCUCACUGAUCUCAAAGUAUGGCGGACUGUCAUGAAUAGCGGACACUGAUUGGUCCAAUUUAAAGUUUGCAUCAUAACGACUGUAUGACGACAACGAAAUAGCAAACAAUUCUUGAUUUGAUCACAGAUUUGAUGAUUGAUAAAUUUCUUGCAAAUAUACUUCAAUUUUACUCGCAUUUUUGCAAGAUUUUGUAAAUUUCAAGAUAGAAACGGCGAAAGAAUCGGCUAAAAGAAGGGAGCCGACGUUAACGAAGGUAAGUUUGUGUUAAAUAUUGAUUUUAUAAUUGCUUUAAAACCCGACGGCCUUUGGCCCUUUGCGUAUAUGAAAUAACUAAACAAGACAGCAUAUAAUUUCAGUCAAUUCAGUGUAUUAUUAAUAUUGAUUCCUUUUUUAUUAUAUUCAAUUUUUUUACUAAAAAGAAAGCAAAGUUAUUUGCAUGCGAGAAUUUGAAAUCAUUUUGUUGCAAACUCAAAGUUUAUCGAUAAAGCCAUUUAAUUAAAGCCAGGCAAUUUAGUUUUAUAAAGAACGUUUUAAAACGUUUUGCGAAGCUUUUGUGGUUGAAUUUUACCUUAAAUUGAAGCUUAUAUUACGUAUAAUAACAUACCUAACAAAUAUAUGUUGGGAAAUUGAUAAUUUUGUAAUCAAAAUUGAUAUUUUAGGCAAUUUUUCAUUUGUAAGAAUAUUCUUAAAAAAUUAUCGUGUUAUUACCAUGACAACAACUUUGGAUACUUCAUGUUUGGAAAAUACAAUGGUUUUGUCAGCAAGGCGAGGGUUUCUGCAUGCAUGUAUUUUCUAGUUAAAUUAAUGUAUUAGAAAUUGUGAGUACGAAUUCCUUUUUGGAAUAUUGGCAAUGUAUCCGAAUUACGCAAAUUUGUAGGUAGAGAAUUCCAAACUUUAGCUUUAUCAAAAGGUAGUUGCAGAGAGGAGCCCCUGAGGCCAUGAUCGAGUUUCAAGUGCUUCCCAUCCUAAUGCAUUUAUUGCUUCUAAUCCAGGAGUAUCAUUGCUCAUAUUUAACAAUACCCUUGCAGCUCUAUUCUGAAGUGUUUGAAGUCUGUUAGCAAGACAUGUACAUGUACCCAUGGUAUCAAAUACCUCACUGCAAUAAUCAAAGUGAAGACGGAGAAGAACAUUGUGGAUAGAGAUCAGAGCCUCUCUAUCAACGAAAUUUUUUAGCCACAGCUUCAAUGUGCUUGUUCCAAUUAAAGUUUAUCAUCAAUUUCAACUCCAAAUACUUUGCUAUUAUGAACUUGUUUUAUUUUGAUCUGAUCGAUAUUAAUGACUGGUUGUGUGACAAGGUUAUUUAUUUUGUGGUCCGAACCAAUCAAUAGAAAUUCUGUUUUUGCAACAUUAAGUUUGUUUCAAUUUAUUAACCAAAAGCCACGCAUUCUUUGUGGAUAUGAGAUCAUUAUUCAUGGUCAACUUAACUUUAUCUAUAGUCUCACCAGCUACAGUAAGGUUAGUAUCGUCAGCAAAUAAUUAAGUAGUAGCAUGGUUAAGACAUUCUGGCAGGUGAUUAAUAUAUAUAAAGAAGAGGAAUGGAUCGAGAAUAGAAUUCUGCGGAAUACCACAUUUCACGCACCUCUCAGAUGACAUCACGUCACCCAAAUGGCAUUUCUGUGAAUCUUUAGUGAAUGUUUGGAUGGUCGGUGUUUUUGAUGUUUACUGAAAACAAUUUGUCAAGUUUAAAUAUCCCGUGUGAUAAAACCGGUGGUCGCGCAAAGGUCAUCGAACUUGUCUCACUCAACACACAUGUAGCAAGUUGUGGUUUCAACCCAUUGCAUUGUUCCGACUGUCGGUGCGAGAAAAUGAUAAUUAAGUCGAUGUGAUAAAGAAAUUUAUGAAUUUAAAGUUUGUGAUUUCGACGAAUCAGAUGUGACUAUACGGCCACACAAGGAACACAGUUCUGGAACUGGAAUUGUGGCCAGUUUCCUCUACGCAAGAUGAAGUGUUUAAAGUGAUGCAAAAUAGCAAAGUAUGAUGUCUAAUGUCAUCAGAAUUGAAGGAAACAUGACACAACGCCAGUCAUGCAAGCAGUGCUUGGGAAUUGCAAGUGGAGAUUGAUGUUGCAAUAUAGGGUAUACUAUAUACCUUUUAAAUCUGUAAAAGUGUUGAACACGAGAAACACGACAUGACGGCCACUCUCGGAAAUGAAUGAAAUGUAGGAUUAGAGCAAAUUCAGCUAUGCAGCAAGGUCACGUGAUUAUGACUGGUGGAUAUUAUGGUUCAUUGCCAGACAGUAUUGUAGAAAUAAAUCUCGCUGGGUUGAAUCUUAAUUUAAACUACCAGUGCCGUCGUAAAAACGUCCUCCAAUAACAAACAAGCGAUUUAUUACACAAUCGUUUUUUUGUUACUGAAGAGCGUGAUUACGAUUGGAUGUAUGGUGCAUGAAGUUCAGCCGACCACUCUCUAUGCACGAAAGAUGCAGAGCUGGGAUAAUGAACGACAAGGCUUUCAUUAUUUGUUGGCAUACGACAAGAUCAUACAAGUGCGCAGUGUUUAAUAUAACAGUCGGCCAUCCGGCCAUUAUCCGAAUAAAACGCCAAUAUUGCUGUUUACUGAUUGCUGUUUACUGAUGAUUUAUCAAUUGAAAUUGCUAUAUUCCAUUUGAUUAUAUUGAAUUGACAUUCAAUAGACAAUAGUCGUGAAAUAAUUACACUAUGUACUGUACAACCAUUCUUUUGAGCCCUAUAAGUAGUGCCCAUCAUAUCCCUUGCAGCAGUGUCCCAUCAUGUCCCUUGCAGUAGUGUCCCAUUAUGUCCCUUGCAGUAGUGCCCCAUCAUGUCCCUUGCAGUAGUGUCCCAUCAUGUCCCUUGCAGUAGUGUCCCAUCAUGUCCCUUGCAGUAGUGUCCCAUCAUGUCCCUUGCAGUAGUGUCCCAUCAUGUCCCUUGCAGUAGUGUCCCAUCAUGUCCGACGAAAAUGUGGUCGUGCAUGUCCGUGCAAAAUAUUGUCAGACCAAGUUUUCAGAAUUAUAUUGAACUCUGUGAAUGUUCAACAGACACGGAAACGGCUAAACCGAGAGUUAUAAAAGGGAGAGUUAAAUUGGAGUGUUGUGAUUUUGGAGAUAAGAGUUAAAUUCGAGCCACGCCACUUUUUCCAACGACCACACCCAAUUUUUUAACUGUCCCAAUGUUACCUACUAACAUGGAAGAGUUAUAUAAAUUUGCCGUCUAAACUCUCUUCCGUCAAAACGUAAAAAAAUGCGAGAGAGUUCACAUUUUCUUUAAUCUCUGUUGUUAUGAUUUGGAAGCGAGAGUUCAUUGGUCGAACUAUUAUUUUAGGGUUAAUGCCAAUCGUGUUAUAACAAACGUACUUACAGGGAGGUACGUCUGGGAUGGUACCGAGAGGGGGGGGGGGGGGAUAGCUCCCCCAACCUACCGAGCCAAGCUCGGGAGGCUGGAAGUUUCUCGAACCCACCUUGCUUUGCUCGUUGAGUUCGGGAAAAUUCCAGCCUCCCUCGGUGCGUCAAUCCAGGACGAACCUCCCUGCAAGUGUGUUUGUUAUAUCGGCGAAUCCGAUUGGUUCAGAAGCAGGUGAUUUCGGCGAAAAAACUCACCUGCUCGGAACCAAUCAGAAAGCCGCUUUUGACACAGGUAUGGGAUAAUUUUAAAAUCGACUCCAAACAAAAGACCUAUACACAUCCUAAAACGACGUUCUUUUUAAACACUUGAGGGUUCGACAAUUACUGUAGCAGGCUAGGAAUCUUAGUAAUUUUCUCAGUGCAAUACAAAAUAGACAAUGUUCAUUACAUUGAUGUAAUUAUCGUGUAGAAAUUUGUGGUUUAAACUGACAUGUUUGUAUCACUGGAAAAAAUUUUGAAAAUCCAUAGAAGGCCAUAGAAUUGAAAUUGUAUGGACCUUUAUUGGAAAUAGAAUGGAUUUUGAUUGUCCAUAAUAAUUUUAUAUUUCCAUACCAUGGAUAUAGUAUCGAAAUAGUGUGGAAUGCGAUAUACUAUGGAUUUAGUGGUGCAAUUGCAAAUUUCAUAGCAUCGAUUUUACAUUUUUCUCCCAGUGUAUCAGAUAAUAUAUGCAAAUUAAUUGUUUAUAUAGUGGAUUGAUAACUUUCGCACCCCAAGAUCUUCGAACGAAGCUCGUCAGGGUCUUUUCCAGAAACUUUCGGGUAAGUUGAUAAGUAUUAACUGCGAAGUUGCGUGUACAUAUCAUGUGAUGCAGCUACUUGAAAAAUAGUAGAACAGGUCUUCAUCAAAAACAGUUCUGGACUGCGAAGGUUUACCGAAUUUUUCGUUCACUGAACUUGUAAAUAAAUAUGAGAUCGGAGUGGACCGUAUUGAAUAUAUUAAAAAAAUAUUUCAAGUAUCCGCGUUUUAUUCCCAUAUCCUCUCCGUCCAUCCGCUCCACAACCGCCCUUUAUCCUAAACCUUGCCGAUCAACCCGAGCUGUCAAUGUAAAUAUUGAAAAGCUGUCCGGCCAUUAUUAGUCGUACAAUUGAUCGGACGUUUGCCAGACCCAACAAAAGUAUUAUAAUGACCAUUAAUAUCCUCCCAGAUCAUAUGAUUUUCACUAGGUCACAAAUUACACUUCCCCUAAGCAUUUGAUGAGAGGAGAAUGGCCCAGCCCAGGGACGGUUUAUGAAAUAUGAAUUUUGAAGUGUAUAGCAGUACCUACAUUACAGUAUAUAAAGGACAUUGUCUAGAUAUAAAGUAGAAUCUUACUUACAACACGAACGCGAAUGUUGUAAAUGGUUUGUGAAACGUCUUGAUGAGAACAUUCGUAUUCUUCAACAAUUUAAAAUAAAUGAGUGAUAUUUGUUGAGAAAAUGAACUUAAAGUUUAUGUAAAUCAGUAUGAUUCUGUAUAUACAAACUCCUAAUUCACGCUCAUGAUUUCGUUUGUGUUUUCUUCAUGAAUUAUUAAUGAGUUUCACAAUAGAAAAUACUGUACAUAAAAUUUUACUUACACGCAUAUAUUGCUUCUAUUUCAUUUUAAAUAUAUCAAAAUGUCAACAUAAUUUAUAUAUUAUCUUUUAAUGUAAAGUAGCAGUGGAUAUAUGAUCAAUCAAUAAUUAAACUUAAUUUCAGGUGAACUGCAAAGGAAGAUUGGGCUAAAAGUACUUGAUUUGGGUGGAAACGCAGUCAUUGGGUAAGAAUUGUAAGAAUUACUUAAAACUAAUGAAAUAUAGUACGGAACAUGAAACUUGACAUUUGAGAAAAGAGUGCAGGUCGGCUAGGGGCAGGGGUAGUGGUAUACCAGAUACCUCAUACAAUCGAUCGAAGUACCAUAUCUAUGCAAAGUACCCGUAAAAAGACGGCAAAAACGACUUCGUAAUUUACUUUAUACCAGAAAUUCAGAAAAUCUAAAUAUGCCAAAUACCCAUAAUUUCAAUGUAAAUAUACUGUAUACCAUCCUCGUUCCCAGGGUCUCUUGGCCGCGCGAGGGAUACGCGGAACCGGAAGUGAAGAAAGCUUGCCGUAGUUUCUAAUGCGCAUUCUCUUGAAUUGGGACGCUUUAGCACCUAUAACAAUUUUCACAGAGAAGCAUAACAAAGAAAUGAAGUAUUUGUGUUAGAAUUAUUUUGCCUAGCGAAAACUGCUCAACUGCUGGAAAUAGCAGUUCUCUGGGAAGCCAAUCGGAUCUCUCCUUUUAGUCAUCUAACGCAGAGUCUAAUUUUCAACGAGUGACCGAGUAAAAAUGGCUCUGGGGACGAGAUUGACUGUACAUCUGAAUUAAAGACCCAUUAGAUGCCGCAUACCCGAACCCCCCUGUCCGACUCCAAGGUGUCAAAUUUAUUGUUUUGAGAGCAGUCAGGCUUAUAUUCCAAGUAGAUUGUUGCCGUUAUGGUUGGGUUUAAAUUUAAGGUUAUAGAAUAUAAGCCCAUAAAUAUCAAAGUUUUUUCAAAACCGGUUUUUCGGAUUAGAAAACCGAAAACCCGAUUAAAAAAUCAUGAAUUGCCACUCAUUCACACAAUAUGCAAGACCUGUAUGGUUUCUUACCACGAAGCUUGAUCGGAAUGCGGGUAACGUGUAGCCAGUCAGAAACUCGAAAAUCUAUUGCCGUGGUAUUAUAUUUCGUAGCCUGUUUUUCGCAUCUUUUUUAAAAAAAUAAUGACGUAACGAAACUCCCUUUCGAAUGACGUCAAGAUGACGUGGGCAGAAAACCGAAAAAUCGGUUUUAUCCAUUGAAAUGAAUAUAACUAGAAUGCUACAGUACCUCUAACCGGAAAUUUGAAACCAACUUGAAGGCCAGUCCCUGUCUUUUCACGCAUGCGAAGAAUGCUCAAUCAGUCAAUGAUGAUAUAAACACACGUAAUCUUACCUUUAAGAAAAAGAUAGACAAUUUAUCUGAAGGUAACGUUCCAGUUAUAUUCAUUUCAAUAGUUUUAUCGGGAUUUUUACGUCGGUUUUCGGUUUUUGGUUUUUUCGUACCAGGUGGUCAUGCAUCGCUUAAUUCUAAAAUUGAGUGUUAAGCUGUAAAUUUCUUUCACUUCCAGAUACCAGCAGUAUUUUGAUUUGGAAGGUGAAUCUGGCAUUGUGGUUCGUGGUAUUGGUACCUGCGUUUUUCUGCGGAAAAUAUAUGCUACGUCUUCCCCAUCUACUCCUACUAGUUUUGUUGCAUCUCCGAGGGAUGACACAGGCGCACCGGAAUUGUAAGUACUGUAUCACGAGUAGUGAUGUAUGGUAUAUUAUAUAUGCAGUAUUAUACAGUAGGAUAGGAUGGGAUAAAACUACUACCCUGGCUAUUUCAACUGAAGUUGUUUUUCAAGUGGGGCGUAUAGAUAUUAGAUACUGUAUGUAAAAUAUUUCAAAAUUGUGAGAAGUACGACAUUGCUAACGAUGCAUUAUAUAACAACUAUGAAAAUACAAAAUACAAAUGAAUACUAUUACAAAACUUAUUAUAAGCAUGACAAAAUUACUGGAUGCUGAUUGGUUGAGAGGAGUACAAUUAUUUCAUUAAUUGUACUGCAGUACUAUUAAUGAUUUUCCCAAAACAAACAAAAUGGCGGAAAGGUAUUUUAAACACAAGCGUGAAAUGAAAUUGCCCUAGAGGAACUAGAUGAAAAUACGAACAAAAGCACCAAAUUUUGCUCGAACAAAAAAACUAAAUGAAAAUACAAACAAAAGCACCAAAUUUUGGUUGAAAGUCUGGCAGGACUGGGCUUUGGCGAGAGAAUAUAUGAUGUUAACAUUGAGAGGUAUCCAAUUUUGCCAUGCUCGUACAAUGCUCGUGAUGUUUGGAAAUUUGCCAAAUUGGACUCGCCCCGGCGGCUCGUCCAAUUUUGGCAAAAUUUCCAAACAUCACUCGUACUAUUAAUCCGUAAUUGUACUCGCCAUCACAUGAUUACCUAUACAAAUAGUACAAUAGUUAAAUAGCUAAUUCGUCAGACUGAUACAGGAAAGACUCCUAUUUCUCACUUGCGUAUUUCUCACUUGUAGGCUAUUCUCAGAUAUGUAGGCUAUUCCAGAUUUCUAACACCACUUUAGCGGAAACAUUUUCUGCCAUACUCCGUAUUUAGACACGGCAGAAACGUGUGAGAGACCAAGUGUUAGAGAUCAUUCCUCUAUGUUAAAAUUCUAGCAUCUCAUUGUUUAAACGUUUAUGACGUGGAAGUUACGAAAUUUGACUCUUGACCGCCAACAGAUCUGAGAAUGCAAUAAUAUUGUGGGCCAUUGCAGUAACAAUUAAAUUGGACGUCACGCGACGUGAAAUUUGUAAAGCUUGUGCAGUUUCAGAAUUCGUUAUUUUGGAGAGGAAGGGAGAAGUAUAAUGGAAAAGAAAGAUUUACCCUGAAACCUUUUUUCCUUGACACUUACUGCAUGUAGUAUUACUAAAGUACUUUUUUCCUGUACGUGACUUCAUGAAAGAAGUAUAGUUUGCGAUACCUAUAGAUAAAUGGGUGGUGGACACGCAUGGGAGACAAAAGCUUAUAUCAUGUUUUAUUAGUCGAAAAUAUUUGGGCAGAUAAAAUAUUUAGGCAAAUGGGCAGAUACAAUUUGCAAUAACCAUAAUUCUAUUUUAUCUCCAGAGAAAUGAUUUAUUUUCUUAGGUUAUCAGCUGAUCCUUCAAAAUCGUUUCCACCAAAUGUUCAACGAAAAAGAAGAACUUCAUCGACAGAUUCAGAUGGCAGUUCACCUAUGAAAGGUUCGUUUUGGAUUGUUCAACAUUUUGUCAUUAUUUUAAAGGAACGCACACACAGGAGGACACGAGGUCACUGGUUUCUCUCUUACAUACAGUAUUUGUUGUAUGCGCGCCUCGACUCUUAAGAUCGUUAAUAUGCAAGAUUUACUAUGCGUAAUCUUCUAUCUUUUCGUUUAUGCUUAGAUAUUCAAAUUUUUGCAUGUUGAAGACAAUAGGUUUUUGGCAUAAUGAAGCAAUCAUCAAAUGGCACCCACGCUGGGCUUUAUCUCCCCUGACCCCCCUCCUGACACAACGUGGAACGUUCUGUUCUCAACUAAUAUACCAGGCCAAAAUACAUGUAGUGGAAUAUGGAAAAAAAUACACUCUGCUAUUUACAUGGAAACAGUCUAUAUCCUGUUGCCUUGGCAUUUAUUUAAUUUUACAUACUGUACAUAAUAGCUUAGUAUGGUUCUUUUAGUUUAUUAUUUUUGUAUGCAGUAAAACACCGGAGCUAGAAGGCCGUGUUACCACGGCCAGAACUGGAAAAACAUGGCAAGAUAAAAAUAACUCGGCUUGUAUAAAAGCGUGUAGGUUCAUAAAAUAGAAUGUUGCUACAUACCACGGACAAAAUUUGCUUCUAUUUAUUUCGUAAAAAAGCGUGUAAAAUCUAGUUUGUAGAAAGUAAUUCAGGUUAAUUCCGUGAUGUUUUUUAUGUUAGGUGUACAGUAUGUACAGUGUGUAUAUAGCUUUUGCCCAACAUUAUAUUAAGUCCUUUUAAUGUCAGGAUUACACAGAUGUAUGAGCAUAUGGCGGCCUUGUAUUUGGUCGUAUCACAUAGAACAACCAUGGACAUAGUCUAUUGUUGGCAAGCAUUACUGGGGUUUUCAGGGCAACUGGCUGGUACACGCCCUGAAAAUCUCCCAAAAUCUCAAAUCCCAUGCAGCUAAGACCCUGAUCAUCCCUGAUAUCAAAACACUAGACUGGGUGUUGAAACAUUGGCUCGUGAAUGUAAUUUGUUGGGAAAUUGCAUCAUGUGUGUCGUAGUGAAAUGAUCAUUUCUUUUUAUUCAGAUUGUAGUGGCAGUGGAGAGAAAGGAAGUUUAGGAACAUCUUUGGGAAAUUCGAGAAUGCCUCGGCACACGAUGGCAAGACAAAGAACAAUUGACGAAUUUGUAAGUUGAUAAUUAAACAUUUUAUAAUAAAUAUAACAGGGUUCGUACAAAAUCUUGCAAAUCCUUAAAAGUCCUUGAAUUUGGAAACAAAAAGUCAAGGCCUUGAAAGUCCUUGAGUUUAUAAAGAAAUGCUUGAAAGUCCCCAAAUUGUCUCGCUUUAGUGGAUAUUUUCUGAAAUUGUUUGGCAUUAAGAAUUGGACAUUUUGUAAAUUGAUUUUGUUCAUGUCUUACUAUAAGGCCAAAGCAGUUUGAAAUUCAUUAAAGUUGGCAUUUUAAAAUCACUUUUUAACUGAGUUCUACCGCCCCCUUUUCAGUCUUUAGUUUUUGAAUUUCUUGAUAUAUGACUCUGAAAAGUCCUUGAAUUUAACUCUUUCUGACCUGUACAAACCCGAAUAUAAAACAGGCCUUAAAAUUCGGACAUUGUCCGACCCAUUCAUCAAAUUGUCCGACGUAGAGAGGAAACCACCGGACAUUCUGUCCGACCUAAGUGAAACUGAGGUUUAUUGUUUGUCCGACCUGAGUGUAUUGCUGUCCGACCGAACUGUGGCUUUGUCCGAAGCUUUCUCCACGCACGUAAAUCAAAAUGUACCCUAGUCCAGAACCACAGUUUGUGUAAAAAUGAACCGGAAAUGUUGCGGGGCGGCGAGUGAAAUGGUGAGGUGGAAAACGGGCUUAACUCUUAAGUUAAUUGGCAAGCAAGUUAAUUUUGGCUUGGAAAUAAGUAUGAAUGACACAAAUUAUUUAAUAUCUUCACAACAUUUAGUUCAGAAUGAAUACAUUAUGACUUAUUUCCGACCCAAACUGAACUGAAGUCAUCGGACAUAUGUCCGACCCAAACUCAAAGUCAUCGGACAUUUUGUCAGACGGCCCUGUAAAAGAUAUUUUAAGGCCUGAAUAUAAAAGCGAAUGAGAGUUUUAUGUUUUACCACUAAUUUGUUGUAUGUGUCGUUCAAGCUUGCAAUCAAGCAUAUUAACCUUAACAAUUGUGUCAAAUAAACUACUUAACUGCCUGCUUACAGGACAGUUUUAUUAAGAAUAAUGAUUAUUCUUACAAGACAGCGCUGUAAAAUAAUUUCAUAUGUAUAGCCCUCUACGUCCUUUUUCAACGUAAUACACCUUCGCAUCUGUUAGAUUUGAAGAACUUUUAAUUUAUAUUUAGUGUUAAAAUAUUGAAACGUUGAAAGAGUUGUCGUGCUUAAUUAAGUCGAACUUUAAUAUUGAUUUUUUUCAGAAUAAUUACUUUUAUGAACGUUUUAAUAAAGUACCGAAGCUUUUUGACAUCCCAAUUAGCGAGCUAUAGUUGAUAGUCCGUGUGAUAUGUUCAAAAUUAUAGAAAGUAGAAGAGCAUAAAAGAAUGUAAGUUUGAAUGUGAGGAUUUUUAGAAGAAAACGGCAUGGCCGCAGUUAAUUCGACACAACAUCCAUCUUUCGCUAUUACCUGUGUUGCAUUUAGAAUAUAUUUCACGUCAAAUGUGAACGUCAUUACUGUGCACACAACAAUUUUAAUUUGUAAUAUCUUGGUAUCUGUCUUUGGAACAUUGGCCAACAGUCUCGUCAUAAUGGCGUAUUAUCGUAACCCUCGUCUUCGAACAAUUGAGAACACGAUCUUCUUACUCCUUGCCAUCACAGACAUUAGCGUGAACGCUUUGGUACAACCGGUAUAUGUGACAGCUGGAUUUAGGGUUUUGCUAGGAAAAUGCGAUUGCCUGGUUUGGAAUAUCGCUAUUUUGUCAACAUCAUUCUUUCAUGGGCUAUCACUGUUAGCAAUUACUAUCCUUAGUUUACAGAGUUAUAUCACGCUAGCAUAUCCCUAUCGUUUUCGAAUGAUAAUAACUAAGCGUCGUUUAAAAACAAUAGUAAUCCUUUCUUGGCUUCUUAUCUCGAUUUUAACACUUGUGGCAGCAACGUUUAAAUUCGUACCAGUCACCAAAUAUAUACAUCUCGGUGUUGUUAUCGCAACUUUUUGUGCUGUGAUUUUUACCUGGAGUUGGACAUAUAAACUCGUGUCUCGACAUCGAAGGGUUAUUGAGACCACGCAGACUCCGUCAUCAAACGAAUUUGUGAAAGGAAAGAAGAUUCUCAGAUCGACAAUCACCGCUUUUGUGGUAACUUCAUGUCUUUUGGGAUGUCAUUUCCUUGGCUUGUUGAUAAUUCUUUAUGUAUUGAUUAACCGUUGGGAUAUCGAUCACAAUUUGUAUAUGAUUCUGUUCAAUACUUCAAUGACAUUAGUGUAUUCAAACUCGCUACUCAAUCCUUGUCUUCUGUUUUGGCGGAAUAGCAGUUUUAAAAUGGAGGCUAAGAGUAUCUUCGAGAGACAAACUUCGCCACUAUGAACUUCGCCAUAUAUAGGUUGGGUCGUUUCUUAGAAUAGCAAGGACGUGCUUCCGAACACAUCCUGGCAUGCAAAUUGUCGCAUGACGACUCUUUCAGAUACAAUAAUUCUUCGAAAGCAUCACAAAAGCUCACGAAAUACAAUAUAUAUAAGUGGAUAUAUAUAGCUCGGAAGCUCGGAUAAAUAUAGCUCGGAAGAGUGCUUUCCAUUGGCUCGACUUUACAAUUGCUUUUGUGUUCAGAACAAUGACAUUGCUUCGUUCUUUAGAAAAUCCCAUCCAAUUGGAGACGACCUUCCGAGGCACUGCGAGGCUUUCCUCUGGAAUGCCUGAACGUCUAAAUUAAGAAAUAUAUGGAAUAUAUUACGUUCUAACAGUCUUCACGUAGAUGACCUUCGAUCGGAGAUGACCUUCGAUCGAAACAGUUUGCUUAACAUGUAAUCAGGCACGUGACUUAACCAAUUCUAUUGCAUGUUGUGUUUAAAUUGAACUAUAGUAUAUAUGUAUGUAUAAUUAUAUGUUUGUGUAACAGGGUCGGUUGUAUAAUACUCUGAACUACUUUUUAUUUUGUAGUUAAAUAGUGGUUAAAUAAAGUUAAAAAUAUAGUUAGUGUAAACUGCAGUUAAAACUAUAGUUUUUAUUCAAUUUAUUAAAAGAUACCAAUUUUGCAGUUAAAAACUGAAUUACACUGGUUUACAUGCAUACGAGUAAAGAUGUCUACAAACACUCCUUAUUUACAAGUUGUUAACUGUGAUAGUUCUAGGUAAGAAUGUAGCUAAAAAUUAUUAUUUAAAACUGGAGUUGUAGGCCUUACUACCGGCCAUAAUAAAACUCUUAGCAAACCUACUUGUCCUAUGCUUUGGUAUUGAAAGACAAUUAUCAUUACGUAGAGAAUAUCCUGUUUUAUGUCUUGGGGGAACGAGAGAAUGGAGUUUAUGGGAUGAUUCAUCACACAUUUGAGCAAAAAGUUUCUCGCAAAUGGUCUUUCUCCGCAGGAACAGUGACACCACCCCACAGCACGUAGCAACGCAUCUUCAUAUUUGAGAUCAGGAAAGAUUAUACGAAGGGCUCUGCGUUGAAUACUCUCGACCUCGUCGCUCAAAUAUUGCGCCAAGCUAUAGUGCCAUACCUCGCACGAAAAUUCUAAGAUUGGUCGAACGCAGGUAGUAAAAACCCGGACUAACUUGCUCGCUGGUAUAGAGGCUCUCUUAAGUAAUCGUAAGGCAUACAAUCGCUUCGAAGCUUUCUUGCAGAUAUAAUCAACGUGCUCGGUCCAUUUAAGAUCUUUAGAUAUCAUGACACCAAGUAAUUUAGCAUGCGGAACCACAACUAUAUCAUGACCGUCAAUGGUGAUCGGCGGAAGAGCCCCGGGAUCAAGAGGAGAAAACCCAACACGAACUUCUUUUGUUUUUGUAGGGUUCAGUUUCAUGUUAUUCUCAGACGCCCAUUUAGUAGAUUCUGUAAUUUGAGACGGUAGGACCGAGUUGGAUUCUUGACCCUUCAUGACGAUCUCCCAGAUAAUGGUGUCGUCAACAAAUUUCACUGUAUCGUCAGAAACAUUCAAGUCGUUCACCAUGAUGAGGAAGAGGAGGGGGCCCAGUUUGGUUCCUUGGGGGACUCCUCCGUUGGUAGUUCUCCAAUUCGAAAAAUUAGAGCCAAUUCUUGUUCUCUGACUUCUGUCGGUGAGGAAGUUGGCAAUCCAAUUAAUUAGGAUAGGGUGUACGCCCAUGUUAAUGAGUUUCUGCAUCAGAAUGUUGAAAUCGAUACGGUCAAAAGCUUUGGAAAAGUCUAGCAUGCAUAUCCGUAGGCAGGCACCAGGUGUGUCCAUCGCUUCGUACCAUUUAUGAAGCAGGUGUAUUAGCGCCAUGGUGGUGUUGGAUCCUUUAAUUGAGCCAAAUUGGAGCUUAUCGAUUUGGUCGCGGAUUGACUGCAAGAGCCAGUUAUAUGGCGUGAGCGAUAUCGGUCGAAAAUCAGAGUCAACAUCCAGAGCAGGAGAAGACUUUGCUGCAGGAAUGACAUUUGCAGAUUUCCACAGGGACGGAACACAACCAUUGAAUAGAGGCAUUAAAUAUGGAUGCUAAUGGGCGAGACAAUAACGAGGAAUUUUCACGGAGGAACCAAGGCGUGAUUUCGUCAGGACCUGCAGCUGAAAAGGACUUGACGGAUUGUAAUGCUUCCUCGGUGUCGUCGACUGAAAUGUAAAAGUCGGGAGGAAAAUCACCGACUUCGAGGGGCGUCCAAGCAAGUGGAGGCAGGGAAUUCCCGACGGCAACAAACUUGUCAUUGAACAGGUUGGCCAGAGCCGAAUCAGAAUAGGGCUGUCCGUUGUACACAAGUGUGGAAACGUUUUUAGAUGGGGCAAGGCCAGCAAUAUUUUUGACAGCGGACCACCACUUCCGUGGAUUCGACUGAGUGGUAUUAGCGACAUUGUUGGUAUAAUACUUUGAGCGAGCACGCCUACACAAGUUAUUAAUUUUGUUCCUAUAGAAUCGAAACAUAGGCUUGUUUCCUUUCCGCCACGUUACUUGGCGUUUCGAUAUUAAUCUUUUUAUCUCUGGAGUAAUCCAGGGCUUAUCGCUGCUGUCAGAUUUAAUACGUUUCAGCGGGAGAUAUUUAUCAACAAUACCAUCGACAAUGGAAGAGAAGUAUUGGAACUGUUCGUCACAAGAGCUCAGAUGAUACAUUGGAGACCAGUUAACACUGGAUAGGGCUUCAGUGAUUAACCUCCGAUUGGAGGGACGCGCAUCUCUAACCAUUCGGAAAGACCGCGAGUUCUUACGAUGAUUCAAUGGAUUUAGUAAAACUGAAUUAUGGUCUGAGAAUCCGAGUGGGGGAACAACUUCAGGAACGUCGUAAAAUUUCGAAAUGUUCGUGAAGAUUUUAUCAAGAAUGUUUGAUCCUCUAGUAGCAUUCUUCACGAUCUGUUUUAAGGAAAACGAAUUGCACAGUAGGCGGUGUUUGAAUUGGUUGAAGUCGCCGGUUAGGAUGAUGGCAGCUCCUGGGUUAGCUGUUAGAGCGCGGUCAAGGGACUCGGUAAGAUAAGCCAACAUGGCCCUAUUGUCACUAUUUGGCGGAUGAUAAAUGGCUCCCAAUACGAUUGAAUUAAUGCCACGUGGUAGGCGUCUUGGUUUGAUUAAUAGCCACAAAGCUUCAAAUUCAGGCUUCGAGAGAUCCUUCAAAUGGACUACAGGUAGACAGUUUUUCACGUAAGUGCACACGCCCCCACCUCUUCUACCAUCUUCUCGAUCGCGCCUAAAUAUAGAGAACCCACUUAAGUUUAUCACUGCGCUAUCAACGUUGGAUGUGAGCCACGUUUCGGUGAUAACUACAAUGUCUGCAAGGAGAUUAGAGACGGUACCAGAAAGUUCAUCAAUCUUAUUUACUAGUGACCUCGAGUUGGACAGGAACAGGGAAGGUACGGAACUGCAUGACUUUGGGGGGACUCUCUGUUGUAAGUACGUCACAGAUUUUCUACAUUCAUCGUUCAUAGGUAUAUUGAUAAAGUUAGAUCGGUGUACAUUAUUGUUAUUUACUCUCGCGAUACGCUUUGAAAUUAUGAUCGGGAUAGCACUUGAUUCGUUAGGAUACUUGGGUAUAUUACUUCCCAUUAAGAUAUUGUUAGGCGUGAAACAAGAGUUAGCUGAGAUCGGUCGGAAUGAUGUAAUUUCGAAUUGGUUCUCGUGGCUUGGCGAACAAAGUCGAGGUAACUCAGCCAAUCCCUCGUUCGGGGACAUCCGAUAUGCUGGUACGGUGGGUUCUUGGUUCGCUGACGCUUUGGAAAAGGAGAUUGACUAUAAUCAACUGGGAUUUCAACCAAAGGUAAACAAGAAAGCCACUUGGGUACUUGGGAUUUAG